AUGGCAUUGGGGUUUUCCACGGAGAAGUCGGAGUCGGGCAAUGGACCAAGCCAUGGCUCCUGCGGUUCAGAAGACCUCAUCAGCACCCUCUCAGAUGAUUUGCUCCUCCAGGUCCUCCAGCGCCUCAGCUGCGCCCGUGCCGCCGUGCGCACAUCCAUCCUCUCCCACCGGUGGCAUGGCUUCUGGACCCACCUCCCCAAGGUCACCGUCAUACUCCAUGAUGUCCCAUUCGGCUCGCUCGAGGCCGCUCUCCAGCGUGCUGCUCGUCCUGGGGUGUUCCACCGCCUCCUCCUCGACAUCAGCGUCCCCUGGCAAGACGACACCCCCUUGAGCUUCCCCUGGCAAGAAGGCAUGCUCACCUCCUCGAGUGUCUCCUCGCUGCUCCGCGCCGCCGCAAGGCUUGCACCAGUGGAGCUGCGCUUCACCCUCCUGCAGAACCUGCAGGACCAUUGUCUAGACGUGGACCUGCCCCGCUUGGACUGCGCCACCUCCAUUGACCUGCAUGCGGAGUACCUCCGCUUUGCCCCGCCACGAGCUAGUGCUAGUUUCCCCUCACUUAAGAGACUCUCCCUCUCUGGCUGCCAUGUCGACCUAGCCGCGUUGAUCCCACGCUGCCCCUGCCUGCGCUUUCUCAUGGUGAACACCACCGGUUUGGUAGGCAUGGACAAACUCACAAUGCACUCACGGUCGCUGCAGGAACUUGUUGUAGAGGGAAGGAAUACGUGGAUAGCCCGUAUUGACAUUGAGGCCCCCAUGCUUAAGCAAUUGAUAACGCACUUCCAUGCUGGCGGCCACCUAGGGGUGUCUGUCUUAGCACCAAUGGUGGAGAAGCUCUCGUGGCAUUGCUCGUAUAAAAGGGCGUUCUACAGACUUGGUCUUUGGGGCCUCCUGGAGGUCUGCUUAAACACCACAGAGAGGCACUUGCAGAUGGACUCCGGAAAAAACGCAUCUUUGCAACACCCCAUCGUCCAUGUCCUAUCCCUGCACAUGUGUGUCCAAGAUUCAUUUAAUUCUCGAAAUGCAGAGCUCCGCUUCGAGUCUGAGAUACAUAAACAUAUGUUCACCAACUUCUCUUGUUUGGACCUGCAUCUCAGAACCAAGGGGCAUGGGUUUGGAGCAUUAGUGUUGCGUCUCCUUGGGAUGGAUCGGAUUCGUACAACUAUACGUAACCUUAAGAUCGUCCUACUAAGAUCAGAGGUGAAAGAUACAUGCCCAAUAAAUUGUCUCUGUGAUGAGCCUAAGGACUGGAGAACACAAACUAUCUCCUUGGCUGAUCUUGAAAGCGUGGAAAUAGAAGGCAUUGAUGGGGAAGAUCACGAGUUUGAGUUCGUGAAAGUGAUAUUUAAUUGUGCUCUAAUGCUUAAAAGAGUGACUCUAAGGCUGGCAGAUGGUGCCACUCCAUGUGUCGAUUGGUGCUCAAAAGUACACAACAUAUUUAAGGCAUAUCCUUUUGUGAAGUGCAACAUUGAUCUGGUAAGCAGGCUUGAUGCUAUCUGA